AUGCGAUUUGGUGAUUCUUGGGAUGCUGGUCAUCCUUUUCCACCUCGAGAGCUUGUACUAACGCGUACAGACAUGGAGAAAUACGAGACUUUGGCCGAUCAACUUGUUGCUGAGACUUUACAGGUGAACGAGGAAUUUAUUGCUGACCGACGUUUUAUCGACCCGGAGCGAUGGAAACUUGUGAAAGAAAGGGGUACGAUGUCGGCGUAUUGUAUGCGAUCACGAGGUGAACGUCGUUUACGACGUGAUCGUCUUCAAACAGAAGAAGCGGUAGAGUCGUCAUAUGUACAUCGACCGAAAUUUUAUUCGAGUGACAGCCCUUUAGAUGACCUCAUUUGUAGAGGCUACACCCAACAAACGUAUGAUUCAUCACAAGAAGACUCAUCUUCUCUUGGAGGCUCAGAAUAUUACAGAUUGGACAUCGAUACGCCCGAACAAAGCAUCUUAGAGAAGAUGCGACCACCUAAUACUCCUAUGGUGGUUGGUGGUGGGGUCAUUCCAGGAACUGUAGAUGAUGCUGGUCUUGGAUUUCUAGCAGACACAGAGGAGCGUAGUAUUAUGCGUGCGAUUGCCAGUAAGGACUUGAACAUCAAGGACUUGCGCGUCUUAGCCCAGAUUCGUAGUCCCACUUCUCAGGACCCAUUUCAAUUUUUAGGUAUCAAAUGGAGUUCGUAUACUUCAGGUCAAGGUAGUGGAAUGAUUGUGAAGCCCCGAGAUUUGGUUGUGAUUGAGUCCACAGGCAUGACGACGGAUUCAAAUGGCGAGCAAGUAUUUUACUUUCUGAGCCAUUCAGUGGAGAUUGAGGAGGUCCCAGAGUAUCGAAAGCAAGGACUCGUGCGGAUAAAUGCAUCUUGUUGUCGAAUUGUGCGUACAUACAACAGUCAGGGCGAUAUUGAGAUUUUUUUUCGUGGGUAUAGCAAUGCAGGCGGAAACUAUGGGGUGGCCGCUUCAACUCAAUUGCUUUGUGAGCACUUGCUAGACUCAGCACAAGUAGUAGAAGAGUCGUACAUGAAGAAACUUGCAUGGUUUGUGCACUCGUACGCACGACGACGGAAGAGUCUCGAAAUAUUAGAAGACAAACGUGGUGGAUGCGCUUGCUGUCAUAAAAUGCCAACGAAAGGCUUCAAAAAGUUUCUUGAAAGCACUUCGACUUGCUUUUUGUGUCGACACAAGGUCUGCAAGAAAUGUACGGUCAAGAAAAACCUUCCACUUGACUUAUCGAGUAAAAAGAGUCUUGAAUUCUGUUUGACAUGCUACUUGAAGGCCAAGCAACUGUCAGCGAGGAAAGUUGCACUGGCCACUGUUUCAAAAACAUAG